AUGCAGUUGGGCUCUACCAGUAUUCAAGUGCAACAAGACAGUUCAAAGAUUGAACAUCUUUCACAUCAACCGUCCACCGAAGAUCUCUGCAAAGAUCACAGAUCUUCAUCUGAGAUUAAGUUGCUAGGAAUAAAUAUCGACUCUCAAAGCUAUGAUGAUUCUGAUGAAUGUAGCAAUCUUGUGAACUCGGAUCAACCACAAUGUCGAAUCUGCCUUGAUUCUGAAGGUUGCUCCUUAUCAUGUUCACUCUCUAAUUUCUCACAUAGAAUUUCAACUUCUCAUUGAAUGACGUCUUGAAUAAUCUUGCGAUGCUUCUUCUAGGUGAAGAUCUUAUUGCGCCAUGCCAUUGUAAAGGUACACAGAAGUACGUCCAUCGGUCUUGUCUUGACAACUGGAGAUCAACCAAGGUAAAAGCUUGUAUUAAGAUACAGAAGCAUCAUCAUGUUCUCCUAAGCAUUUUGAUGUCUGUGCGACUACAACAUCCGUUUCUCACUUUGACGUCCAAAUCAGGUUUAAUAGAUGCUUGCAUUGUCAUUGUAGGAAGGUUUUGCGUUUUCUCACUGUACAGAGUGUAGAGCCGUAUUUUUAUUACGGGCAAAUGUACCUCCUGAUCGGUGGUGGCUGAGAUUGAAGUUUCAGCUCCUUGUCAUUCGGGAUCAUGCAUUCAUUUUCGUGGCCGUGCAACUGGUAAGGUUACCGAGUGCCUUUUAUCAUUUUUUCUGCUUUUUGAAGUUUAUGCCUCCUAGUUAUGAUAUCUAUGAAACUAGUUGCUAAAUAACAUUUGAUUGCUAAUUUUUUCUGUUGAUGUAGACAAUGUUGCUAGGCUCCAUCUCGAACGAAAAUUCUCAAAUUUUAUGAGAUAGGUGAUAAUUUGACACAGCCUCAAUAUCACAUGUAGACAAUCCCCACAUAACUCCCAGCUAAAACUUCUACACAUGCUAGUUUUUUUAAUGUAGGCGCACUUCAGAGUUUUCAAGAGGUGAUCGUGUGUUGAAGAGCUUGCUACCUCUGGAGAACAGGAGACAGAAUUCAAUACUAGUGAAGGUGGCACGCGGGAAUGGAUUCUUGCUUGAAAGUUGGACAUAUUGAGUCGGUUUUACUAUUCUUGUUUUGCGGAAGAACUUAUUAUAACAAAUUCACUACCGCGUUGUGUCAAUUGGAAGGUGGUGAGGUGUAUAGAUUGGCAGAAUUUAUGGGUGAGACAUCAGGGGAAGAUUUACAGAUGCAAUUACGGACAUAUUCAAUGAAAUAAUGCAUUUUUUGUUACUAGUAUUAUAACAUUUUAGACAAAAAUGCUUGAGAUUGAAGGUGUCUCUCAUGAUUUCUGUAACAUUUUUCCUUGGAAUUCUAAUGAAUCUCUAGUUUGGAUCCCGAUGGAUUCAGGCUUCUGGGUAUGUGGGUGUGGUUAAUUGUUUGAUGAAACUUUCAGGAGAAAUCUUCAGGAGCUUGUUUCUUACUAAUGAUCUCAGUGUUAAAGCUUUAGUUAAUUUGUACUUCAUAACUGGUGACUAUGUGCCUUCUAAGUGGGAUUUCUAUAGACUUUCACAGACCGUGGAUACAAUUGCACAGAUUGCGGGUACGAGGGUGAUCCUUAUGUCUCUGUUUCUAGAAGAUCCUAUAUGUUUUCUUUUAUAUUUCAGGAAAAACUCGAGAGUGGUUGAAAAGGUGAACCAUGUCCCUUCUUCAUAGGUAGAUUCACGACGUAGGGUCUGUAUCUGGGAUAAAAUAUCGGAACACAGAAAAACUCAUGACGAGGCCUCUUUUUCCAACCCCCUUUACUGUACCAUAGUUGUUCAACACUGCCUUACCCAAGGAGUCAUUGGGCCACGUGGUCUAUGAGUUGGCCUGGUCACAGAAAUGCCUUGAAUGUAAGAUCCAAGCACAACCUGCUAUUAGUUCAAAGCCUAAUAGAGGCUGUUUAGCCUUCAAACUUGGGUUUUUGCCCAAAACAAUCUCCACCUAGGUUGAAGCCAUGACAUUAUUGUAAUAAAAUUGAAGUAAUAAUCCAUUCCAUCUCAUGAACCGUAUGAAAUAAAAUUUCCCUGCAUAGAUGCGACAGGCAAAAGGAUAAGCUUAUUUUUUCUUCGACCUAACAACUUGGCUGAACACUGGCCACAAGAGCGUCAUGCAUUCUGGGUAGAUCAGCUCAUUUUAGACAUGACUUUCUGGAAUGAGCUUUGACACCUUAAUGACCUAUGGAAACGCCUUAAAUGUAUUGUGUCAAUGAAAUUUGGCCAAUGAUCAAUCUCUUCUUUAGUAAGAUCUACCUUAUUUUUGUUGUGGUGUUAGCGUUCAGAUUUCUUCCUAUAUUAGCCAUGAGUUACUCCUCUUCUGAUCAACCAAUAUGCUUAGCUUUUUUGCCGAGAAAUGGCAAAUCUGGUUACACUGCUCGUCUGGAUCACCUACAGUUGUUUUUCUUCUUUUUCUAUAUUUUAUCUUCUUCUGCGUAUCAUGUCAGAAAAUUUUUGUACGCAUCUAUUUGCGUUCAUAUGUUUUCAUCAGUGUACAAUAAACGGUUCUUUUUUACAGAUCGUUGCCUUCUUGGGUAUGCUAGUCUACAGAUUCUAUGGAGAUGAGCUGAGAGAAAUGUUUGGUUACGAACAGCAUCCUUAUGGAUUCUAUUCAGUGGCAGGUCUCUCGCUCCCGCCCUCCCUCCCUCCCUCCCUAUUCUGCUCUGUCUCUCUCUCUCUCUCUCCUCGUUCCCUCUGUACUUUUGAUAAGCCAGUGCUUAUUUGCAUUACAUUGCAUUUCGAUUCAAUCCUUCAGACAAGGAUCCUCGGAUGUAUAAUUCAAAGUUUAGAAUCUUUAGAAAACUAGAACUUUGGAAUUUGUCUUUUCAGUAUUAAUGACCUUCCUUUCGUCAUAUCAUUGCUCUUUUGGGGUGCACUUUGUGAAGAUAUUUUUUCUUUAUUUAGUUGCCUGGCAUGAAUUAAUCAUAAUGCACAACUUUAUUUUGAUAUGUCGUUUUUUGAUCCACACAGUUUUAGCUAUUGUUUUGGUUGGAUUGCUUUAUGGAUUCUUCAUAGCCAUAAUAUGUGGGCAAAGGAUCAGUGAACGGCAUUAUCAUGUUCUAGCAAAGCAAGAACUAACAAAGGUCAGUUACACUGAACUUAAUUUCCUUUCCCUUUUAAUCCAAGUGCAAGUUUCUGAAAAAGUGUCUGCCUCGAUUCUCUUUAUUUUAAUUUAUUUUUAAGAUAUCCGUGCUUCUCCAUUUAACUUUGACGUGGGCUAAGAGAUUGCCUCCGUUCAUGGGUCUACUCUGAAUUACAGCUUUCGAAAACCAUUUAUUCAUUUUUAUUUUUAUUUUUAUUUUGUUUGGGGGGGGGGGGGGGAGACACUGCAUGGAUUGGUGAAAAUUAAUCCCAAGAUUUAACGUGCUUUUCUAAAUAAUUGUAAAUAAUAAACAAAUAGACUGCUCCUUUCUCUGGGCAUUGUUUGGUGUUGGAGGAGACUGACUGACGGUGUGGAUAUAUAAAAAAAAUGCAGGAGUACGUGGUGGAGAAUCGAGAGGGGAACAAGAAUCCUCCUGAGCUCGACUCCAGCCACGUUACCGAACUGAGGAUGCUCGGACUCUAUUAA